AUGUCCAUAACGUCCUUCGAACAAAACGGUUCCGGAUUUCUCAAGUUCAAUUCUGGUCCUCCGCGCGUCUGGAUAACAUCGGCCUCUGAACCGUCGGAGAGAGCACUUCUCAACUGGUGGGAAGAAGGAUUCGAUGCUCGCUAUCUUCCAUACGACCCUCCCAACGAACCAGCGUACAUACGGACAUUGAAGAACCUCAGCGAAGACCUGAAUCUAGGCGAGUACUUUGCAAUAAUAGCAUAUGGAGAUGCGGCGAGCGUGGUGCUCAAGACAGCAAUGAAGCCCCUGCCAAAAUGCUGUGCGAUCAUCGCAUUCUACCCCACGACAUUACCAAGCCCGAAAACGAUGUAUCCUGCAUCACACCGGCUCCAGGUCCAUGUAGCCGGUUUGAGCCAAGCCAGUCACCGCCCGGAAAUUUGCGAAUGGAAGCUGUACCAGUACAAGCAGUGUGCAACCGGGUUUGCGGAUCAGUCUUCAAAAGCAUACUCUGAGAUUGAGGCGAACCUGUCCUGGAGCAGAGCACUGGCAUGUUUGCGCAAAGGCUUCAAUAGGAAUUUCGAUUUGGAACCGAUUGUACAAAAUAUGUGGAACGCAAAGUAUGAGGAUGAUGUCCCAGAGCGCGCGAGUAUGAGCAUAGCCUCAAAGAUGACUCAAAACAGCCCACAUGUCAGUAUACUGCCAACACUUCAGGGCGGCGUGGGCAGGAAAAAGCUGGAAGAGUUUUACCGCGAGUUCUUCGUGCCAAGUCUGGUGGACGAUUUCAAGAUCCGAUUGGUUUCGCGGACCAUGGGUGUGGACAGAGUUGUCGACGAGAUGGUAGUGUCCUUCACGCAUUCAGACGAAAUCGAUUGGAUCCUACCUGGUUUAGAGCCAACGGAUAAGUUUGUCGAGAUCCCAAUGGUCAGCAUCGUGACAGUAAGAGGAGGAAAGUUGGUUUCUGAGCACAUGUAUUGGGACCAGGCAUCGGUUCUGGUGCAAGUAGGCCUUUUGGAUCCAAGGAUGGUGCCGAAGUCGUUCAAGGGCAAAGGUCUAAAGAGGAUGCCAGUCGUAGGAGCAGAAGCGGCCAAGCAGCUGCUCGAACCAAAGCAAGAGAGAUACAACAAGUUGCUGCAAGAACACGGGUUGUUGGACGGCCUGAACGGAGUAAAUGGCAAUUGA